AUGAUGGACCCCACAACAACAGCUUCAGACAAAAAUAGUAAUAAUAAUACGAACGAAGAAGAAGGAGAAACCAUGAUGGACUGUGACAACGAAGCGGCUCAAAAGCGACAGUUGGAAGAGCUAAACGCAAUGAGCGUGAAUUCCAUGUCCAUGAUGAUACCGCCAACGCCUUCCAACACUUUGAACAAUGCCUCCUCCGCUGCGAAUGCCAUGCUGCUUCAAUCGGUGGCUGACGCAUUGUCACAAGACAAGACUAAACCCGGGAAACAAGUGGAUGCCAAAAAGCAGCCACCGGCGCAAUUGAAUUCAUUGUUUGACCAACCGCUGAAGGAAAUAAAAGAAUCCACUACUGGCGGCGUGGAUGAGAAUGACAAGACAUCCCAGAAAAAAUAG